UGCCGUACGACAGAAGCCGUAUGUGAACGCAACGUGGAGUUGUUUACUGUCUUUGACAGCCCUCUCCGGUUUAUUAAAUAGAUGUUGACCCUCUAACCAGCAGCCACCCGUUUUAAAUUGGACUAUUUGUUUAAAGGAGGAAAUGGGGAAGCCAAAGAAAAAGAGUGACCUCAGCCGAGCUGAGCUGAUGAUGAUGACCAUUGCUGAUGUCAUUAAGCAGCUGGUUGAAGCCCAUGAAGAGGGCAAAGACAUCAACCUCAACAAAGUGAAGACUAAGACUUCAGCUAAAUAUGGACUUGAAGCCCAGCCCCGAUUGGUAGACAUCAUCGCUGCUGUUCCACCACAAUACCGUCGUGCUCUGGUGCCCAAACUAAAGGCCAAACCUAUCCGCACUGCCAGCGGGAUCGCAGUUGUGGCUGUGAUGUGCAAACCUCACCGAUGUCCGCACAUCAGCUUUACAGGCAACAUCUGUGUCUACUGUCCCGGUGGACCAGACUCGGACUUUGAGUACUCUACACAGUCUUACACUGGUUAUGAGCCAACGUCCAUGAGAGCCAUCCGAGCCCGUUAUGACCCCUACCUUCAGACCAGGCAUCGGGUGGAGCAGCUGAAGCAGCUGGGACACAGCGUCGACAAGGUGGAGUUCAUCGUGAUGGGCGGGACCUUCAUGGCUUUGACCGAGGAGUACAGAGACUUUUUCAUCAGGAACCUACACGACGCCCUGUCAGGACACACGUCCAACAGUGUUGCCGAGGCUGUCAGGUACUCUGAACGCAGUAACACCAAGUGUGUGGGAAUCACUAUCGAGACACGCCCUGACUACUGCCUGAAGCGACACCUCAGUGACAUGCUGGGCUACGGCUGCACCCGGCUGGAGAUAGGAGUCCAAAGUGUGUAUGAAGACGUGGCCCGCGACACCAACAGAGGCCACACGGUGCGAGCUGUGUGUGAGUCUUUCCACCUGGCAAAGGACGCCGGCUUCAAAGUGGUCGCCCACAUGAUGCCAGACCUGCCCAACGUGGGCAUAGAGAGGGACGUGGAGCAGUUUAUUGAGUUUUUUGAGAAUCCAGCGUUCAGGCCUGAUGGUUUGAAGCUGUACCCAACGCUAGUGAUCCGAGGCACGGGGCUGUACGAGCUGUGGAAGACCGGCCGAUACAAGAGCUACACACCCAGCGCCCUGGUGGACCUUGUGGCCCGAAUUCUGGCGCUGGUGCCGCCCUGGACACGAGUUUACCGGGUGCAGAGGGACAUCCCCAUGCCGCUGGUGAGCUCCGGAGUGGAGCACGGCAACCUGAGAGAGCUGGCACUGGCCAGGAUGAAGGACAUGGGCACUGAGUGUCGAGACGUGAGAACCAGAGAAGUCGGCAUUCAGGAGAUCCACCACAAAGUCAGACCUUACCAGGUGGAGCUGGUGCGGAGGGACUACGUGGCCAACGGCAGCUGGGAGACCUUCCUCUCCUACGAGGACCCGGAGCAGGACAUCCUGAUUGGCCUGCUGCGUCUGCGUCGCUGCUCUCCACAGUCCUUCCGUCCUGAGCUCAAAGGAGGCGUGUCCAUCGUCCGCGAGCUGCACGUCUACGGCAGCGUCGUCCCCGUCAGCAGCCGAGACCCCAGCAAGUUCCAGCAUCAGGGUUUUGGCAUGAUGCUGAUGGAGGAGGCAGAGCGAAUUGCCAGAGAUGAACACGGCUCUGGAAAAUUAGCUGUGAUCUCAGGCGUAGGAACAAGGAACUACUACAGGAAGAUGGGCUAUGAGCUGGCGGGGCCGUACAUGGUGAAGGACCUGUACGGAGCGGGAAUGGACUGAACCCGGACAAUAAAAGACAAACAUACACACGCACAAAUGAUGUUAUUUAUCAAGACAAUAUCAUUGGGACAUGAUUCCCGCAGUAUUUUUAGUUAAGCUCUUCGAGCAUCAGAGGAUAUAAUGGUUUUUCUCUCAGCUCAUGCAUCUGUUUUUUAUCUGGAACACACUUGGGAAUGCUGUUCAUGCAUUUCUCCCGUUUUGUUUAGAUAAGGAGACGGUGUGAGGACGUCAGGAGUAAAGCAAAGCUAUUUGGGAUGAAGUCAGAGCUUCUUGUCACCGUGUCUUGAGUUCUGCAGACAGGCGGAUGUGGACACUGACAAUUUUGAAUGUUACAUUUUAGUCUGCUCCUUAUCUAAACAGCUUCCAAAGUAAGACACACAAACAAUGACGUGUUGGUAUUUUUUAGCUCUCCACAUUGAAAUAAAUGGGUUCCACCAGUGCCUUGUCAGUGACCUCUGUUCCAGCAAACAGGACUGAUUGAAUUUGACUAUGAGGCUGCUGAGGCAUUUUUUAAAUCCACUGAGAUGUCUGGGUAUCCCUUAAAUAUUUCUCUGUGUGUUCGUUUAGGACGAGGAACCUGUUUAGCAUCUCGGUUUGAGUUAAUCAUGUUUAUGUUGCGACUAAAUAGAAAACCCAUUAUGAGUCAAGCGUUCAUUAAUGGUUGGCAGUGGAUGAAUGAGCAGUGGGAAGCGUCCUCACUGGGCAGCCGUUGUGUAAUUGCACAAUUCUGAUUUAUAGGGCAGGAAAUUGAAUAUUAGCGUUACAUAAAUUGCUUUUUAAAGCUCCGCACUUAAUCCAGUUUCUUGUUUUAUUUUCAUGCAUGUGUUUUGGUGAAUUCCAGAUGUUGAACACAUCACUUGACCGUUUUUCUUUUUUCCUCAGAGAAUAAAGUAUAUUUCAGUUACA